ACAUGGAGGGAAAUUCAUCUAGAGGAAAAAAAACCAUGCAAGAGAAAGAUGAAGUGAAAUACCGCGGCGUUCGUAGGCGGCCGUGGGGGAAAUUCGCGGCGGAGAUACGUGAUCCAACCACCAGGCCUGGUUCCCGACAGUGGCUCGGGACGUUUGAUACUGCUGAAGAGGCUGCUAGGGCUUAUGAUAAGGCAGCAUUUAAUCUAAGAGGACAUCUUGCUACUCUAAAUUUUCCUAAUGAGUAUUAUAAUCAACUUUCUUGUCCUCCUUUAUAUUAUGGUAAUAAUAACUCAAUUAUUUGUUCAUCAACAAAUAAUGUUACUUCAAAUAAUAUUCCAAGAGGAAAAGGAAUUAUUAGUUCAUCAUCAACAACAAAUUAUAAAGGUAGGGAAAUUAUUGAACUUGAGUGUCUUGAUAAUAGUGUUCUUGAAGAACUCCUUGGUGUUGAAGAUCCAAAAAUUACAAAAAGAAAAUAA